CAGCACCCCCUGCUGGCCGGGAAGACACUGCUGUGAGAGUGCGUGUGUGUGUGUGCGUGUGUGUGUGUGUGCGUGUGUGUGUGUGUGUGUGUGUGUGUGUGUGUGAGAGCAGCUACGUGUGGCUCCACCCAGCUUGCAGGUCAUGAGCAGCAUAAAGAGUCAGUUCGGACAUGAUGUGGAGAAACAGGGCAUCAAACUCCCGAAAAAAUGGAACACCACCAACAGUAAGAUCCCCACAGACCGGACCAUGGUGGUUGGAGGGGGCGUGGCUGUGGGAACAGGGGGCGUGGCCACGAGUGGGGACUCUUCAGAGAUUCCUCGCAAGCGUAGACAACGCUACGUUGAAAAAGACGGGAAGUGCAACGUGCAUCACGGCAACGUGCGUGAGACGUAUCGCUACCUGACGGACAUUUUCACCACGCUGGUGGACCUGAAGUGGCGCUUUAAUCUGCUGGUGUUUACUCUGGUCUACACCACCACAUGGGUCUUCUUUGGCUUGAUCUGGUGGCUCAUUGCGUAUGCGCGUGGUGACCUUGAGCACACAGAUGAUGGAGAGUGGACACCUUGUGUGGCCAACCUCAACGGCUUCGUCUCUGCCUUCUUGUUCUCCAUCGAGACAGAGACGACCAUCGGAUACGGCUACCGCGUCAUCACAGAGAAAUGCCCUGAGGGCAUCGCACUACUGCUGGUGCAAGCCAUCCUGGGCUCCAUUGUGAACGCCUUUAUGGUGGGCUGCAUGUUUGUGAAGAUCUCACAGCCCAAGAAGCGUGCAGAGACGCUCAUGUUCUCACAGAACGCCGUCAUUUCGAUGCGUGAUAACAAACUGUGCUUGAUGUUCCGUGUUGGAGAUUUACGCAACUCGCACAUCGUGGAAGCGUCGAUCCGAGCAAAACUGAUCCGAUCCAAACAGACGAAGGAAGGAGAGUUCAUCCCACUGAAUCAGACCGACAUCAACGUGGGCUUCGACACCGGUGACGAUCGGCUCUUUCUCGUGUCUCCACUCAUCAUCUGCCACGAGUUUAACGAGAGCAGCCCUUUCUGGGACAUCUCACAGGAGCAGCUCGCACGAGAAGAGUUCGAGAUCGUUGUCAUUCUGGAGGGUAUGGUGGAGGCCACAGGGAUGACGUGUCAGGCUCGCAGCUCAUACCUGGACUUUGAGGUACUUUGGGGAGAGCGUUUCACCCCUGUGCUCUCUCUGGAGGAGGGAUUCUAUGAAGUGGACUACGACUCCUUUCACCAGACCUACCCCACUCCCACUCCCACGUGUUCAGCACGUGAACUAGCUGAACUCGCCAAAAAAGGGGAAAGCAUCCCUCUCCCACCGCUCACACCACCAAUCCUGAACCAGAACCAGGACCAGGACGGAGAAAACGGAGGAGUGUGGGAUGAAGAAGUGGAGAGCGUCAGCAAUGGCAAUGUGAAAAAAAAUGGACACUGAACAUUAAAAAUCACAGAAAGACAAAUACGAACCUUUCAUGUAGUGCGCACUACUUAGGGCUUUUCUGUUCCAUUACACACAACAUCUGUUUUAUACCAUUUAUUUUAUCAUCACUGUGUAGCUUCUCGUCAUCUCAGUGAUGAUCACAGCUGCAUCCUAAACACUGGUGUUUAGACACAAACAGUUAGAAAAGUCAUGAUUUAUAAAACUCUAUGUAGCUUUAAUAAUAAAAACCAAACACAUUAGGAGCUCAGCCUAACAAACUAAGACAGUGAAUAUCAGAUCAUUAUAGAUGUUGAUUAAAUUUAGAUUUAUGCUGAAAAUCACUGUUUCAUUUCUGUAAAACUUUGGAUUCAACUCAUUUCUCCUGAACUGAACAGAAAGGUUUAAAUGUGCUGAUUAUUCAGUUAUUUACACAAACACUGUGUCAUCAACAUUAGGAGUGU